CUUGUUUUCUCGCUUUGCUUCUUGGCCGUGGAGGCCCGGUACUGACUGUUAAUCCACACGCCCGACGGCGACUCUCGCACAGAAAAUUCACUCAGUCACGAAGGCUGUUGUCUCACGGAUGGGCAUACACUGUGUAUCCCCCACCACCAACACGAAGGAGCAGGUGAGCCACACACAUCUGACCGGUCCCUCGUGCAGACAGACGGUGGAUGGGUACACGUAGUCUGUACGCAGCAUCACCGGCCCACGAUUGCAACACACGAGGAGCAGCCAGCCAGCCAGCAGCAACCGAACCGCACCGACCCCAUGAGGGCAGCAAACAGCCCACGCACCGCACACCAGAACCACCGCCAACACACAAGGAGGCAGGGAGGCAUACAGGCAGCCCGACAAAGGUGGGCAGCCAUGCAGCCAGCCAGCCGGCCAGCCACUCAUCCGUGUUGGCGGAUCAGAUCACUCGUCGCGCUGUGCCUUCUCCUCCUGUGACUUCUUGAGUUCGUCCUGCUUCUUGGCCUUCUUCUCCUUGGCUGCGGCGGCCUUGGCCUUGCGGGCGGCCUGCUGCUCCUCCAACAACUUGGCCUUGGCCUUCUCGUUCUUGGCCUGCAUUCAAAGAUGACCACACACAGAUCAGGGUCGUGCUUGUGGUUGUGGGCAUGGUGUGUGGCGUGCGGUGGUUCUCAGUCAGUCGGUCACGCACCUUGUGGAUGGCCUCGAUGAGCACCCGCUUGUUCUUGAACUGGUUACCCUUCGACGCGGCGUAAAAAUGGCGGUAGCUGAAACAUAACAGUCACACAAGACACAACAAGACACAGGAAUGGUGUGUGAGUCUUGUUCUGUGGGCAAGCACGAUGACUGACGUACAUGUGCUUGUCGAUUUUCUUGGCGUCGCGGUACUUGCGGAGGAGCCGGCGGAGCACGCGCUGGCGUCGCAUCCACAAGACCUUCUGGGGCAUUCGGGCGUCGCGAGUACCCUCACGCUUGCCUAACACACACACACACACACACACACACACACAUACACACCAGAUGGACACACACGGCAGACGGUGUGCACAUUGUGUGAGUGAGAGUGUGUGUGUGUGUCAUAGGCACCGGUGCCGGUGUGUCGUCCCUUGCGCUUGGCCUCGUGGAGGCGUCGCACGCGGGCGCGCGAGUGCAUAGCCACGGGCUUGCGGAUGAUCAAACCAUCCUCCUUCAACUUGCGGAUGUUGAAACCUGUGCCGUGCCAGCACACAACACAUGCACAAGGUGCACAAACGACGUGUAUUGUGUGCACCUCUGUCUGUUUGCUGCCUCUGAAACCCUCCCUCCCUCCCCCCCUGCAGUUACUUACGUGAGUUGGCCAUGGAGAUUUCAUUGGUCUCGUUGGGGUCGAGCCAAAUGCGGCCCUUGCCGCACUUCAGCACCGACGCCGCCAACCGCUUCUGAAGACGGAGCGACUGAUGACACACACACGCACACACACACGGACGCACACACACCACACAAAACACCACAAGGCAGGACACAGUGAGACGUUCUCGUGCUGCAGCCGGUUCCACUACCCCUGCCUCCCGCCUGGCUGUGGCUGUGGCUGUGGACGGCUGACACUGUGCUCCUGCUCCUUCCUCCUGACUCUCUGGCUGGCUGCAUCUGGCCUCUGCCUGCCUCACUGACGCCCUCCCGUGCACCCACAGCCUCACACGCGCCGUGUGGCCCUGUCUGUCUGCUUCUUGCCAGAUGACCCUUCCCUCAUGUAUCUGUGGCGGCUUACCAUCUUGGCGAUGCCCUGCUUCUCCUUCUCGGCGCUGCGGAAACG